GCUGGGGAAUUCAUGUGGAGGUCAGAGUGGAGGCAGGUGAGCGUGGUAGGGGUGGUGCAGGCCUCUGUUUGUGUGAGUGGGUGCAACAGAAGGAAUCAUGGCUGCCAAAGUGUUUGAGUCCAUCGGAAAGUUCGGCCUGGCUUUAGCAGUGGCAGGAGGCGUGGUGAACUCCGCCUUGUAUAAUGUGGAUGCUGGGCACAGAGCUGUCAUCUUUGACCGAUUCCGUGGAGUACAGGAUGUCGUGGUAGGGGAAGGGACUCACUUUCUCAUCCCUUGGGUACAGAAACCAAUUAUCUUUGACUGUCGCUCGCGCCCACGGAAUGUACCAGUCAUCACUGGUAGCAAAGAUUUGCAGAACGUCAACAUCACACUACGUAUCCUCUUCCGGCCGGUGGCCAGCCAGCUCCCUCGUAUCUACACCAGCAUUGGCGAGGACUAUGAUGAGCGGGUGCUGCCUUCCAUCACUACAGAGAUCCUCAAGUCGGUGGUGGCUCGCUUUGAUGCUGGAGAAUUGAUCACCCAGCGAGAGCUGGUCUCCCGGCAGGUGAGCGAUGACCUCACAGAGAGAGCAGCAACAUUUGGGCUCAUUCUGGAUGAUGUGUCCUUGACACAUCUGACCUUCGGGAAGGAGUUCACAGAAGCAGUGGAAGCCAAACAGGUGGCUCAGCAGGAAGCGGAGAGGGCCAGAUUUGUGGUGGAAAAGGCUGAGCAGCAGAAGAAGGCAGCCAUCAUCUCUGCUGAGGGCGACUCCAAGGCAGCCGAGCUGAUCGCCAACUCCCUGGCCACGGCAGGCGAUGGCCUGAUUGAGCUGCGGAAGCUGGAAGCAGCUGAGGACAUUGCUUACCAGCUCUCUCGCUCUCGGAACAUCACCUACCUGCCAGCGGGGCAGUCGGUGCUACUCCAGCUUCCCCAGUGAGGCCCCCUGCUUGCACCUUCUCAGGCCAACCAGGCCAUGGCCUCCAUCAUUCUGAACACACUUUCCUUCUGCCCCACCCCAGAAAUCACUGUGAAAUUCCAUGAUUGGCUUAACGUGAAGGAAAUAAAAGCAGAAUCACUUCAGAUCUGUAAUUACCAAAUGAAACUUUUGUUGUUCCGCUUUUUUAUCCACUUUCAUAUACAGAAUUGCCAAGCGCUUAUGCAGACCGGCUUUGCGCCUUUGGAGCCUGCCGGCCUCCCACCGUAGGCGCUGACAGUUGGCAGAAGACAGGCAGAGCAGUGUGUGAUGGAUAGGCGCACAGCUGGCGGCUUGGGUAGACCUAGAGCCUCCAUCCUGUUGUAUAUUGAAGAUCUGAGGACGUUGGCACACACAGUUGAACCAGAAAGGCAAGCCCUCAGUUUUUCCAGCCAUUUGAACCUGCACGGACACAGCUGGGGAAGGCCAGAGGAAGUGGUCUAUCUUAACCAUAAGGCCCAUUCCCUCUGACUGUGACUAGUGGAAGCAGGUGUGUGCGAACAGGGCUUGGAGCGAGGAAUCCGCCCAGCAAGGUGGGUGGGCCUAGUUGUGCUGCCCCUGUCAGAGCCCAAACACCGGGAUGGACUUGGAGUAGCACAAGAGGCCUGGACUGAGAUGUGAGUCCUGCUGAAGACUUCCUUUCCACUCCCUACAUUGGUCCUCUCCAAUGCCCAAUGGGAUUGCAGCUUGAAGGAUUGCAUCCUGCGGGGCUGAGCACACCUGCCAAGGACAUGUGCAUCUGCCUUCCUGCUCCCUCUAAAAGAUUGCCCUUCCUUCCCAAGGGUUGUGGGGCCAGUGCUCCGAAGGAAGCAAUCAAGGGAAGAAAACACAAUGUAAGCUGCUGUCAAUAAAUGACACCCAGACCUUC